GGCGGGAGCUGCAGGAGGCGGAGGAGGGAGUCCGCGAGGGAGGGUCCGCCCGGCCCCCCGCCGCCGGAGCCGCCGCCGCCGCCGGAGCCGCCGCUAGACGAGGAGCAGCAGAACAUGGCGCCGGGGCCGCCGUCGACACAGCCGGGAUCCCGGAGGCCGGGGACGCGCUGAUAGGCGCCCCGCUGGAAGAAAUGUUGGCUAUUUGGCGAUGAUAAGUGGCAAAAACUGACCUUGUACUGGUACACAAGCACUACAGGACCUGACACUGCUGCAUGGACAGCCAGCCCCUGCUGAUAAUGUUGGGAAGCCAUCGGGUCCACUGGAAAACACUAAUCUGAUCUCGGAAGUGGCUGAUUGUGGCAGGAUGUGUCGACGAUGAUGAUGGCAAGAAAGCAAGAUGUCCGCAUUCCCACCUACAACAUCAGUGUGGUGGGAUUGUCUGGGACCGAGAAGGAGAAGGGCCAGUGCGGCAUUGGGAAGUCUUGUCUGUGCAACCGCUUCGUGCGCCCAAGUGCUGAUGAAUUUCACUUGGACCAUACCUCUGUCCUCAGCACCAGUGACUUUGGUGGGCGAGUGGUCAAUAAUGACCACUUUCUCUACUGGGGAGAAGUUAGCCGAUCCCUGGAGGAUUGCGUGGAAUGUAAGAUGCACAUUGUGGAGCAGACUGAAUUCAUUGAUGAUCAGACUUUUCAACCUCAUCGCAGCACGGCCCUACAGCCCUAUAUCAAGAGAGCUGCUGCGACCAAGCUCGCAUCUGCUGAGAAACUCAUGUACUUUUGCACUGACCAGCUGGGGCUGGAGCAGGACUUUGAGCAGAAACAAAUGUCAGAUGGAAAGCUGCUAAUUGAUGGUUUUCUUCUCGGUAUUGACGUUAGCAGGGGCAUGAAUAGGAACUUUGAUGACCAGCUCAAGUUUGUCUCCAAUCUCUACAAUCAGCUUGCAAAAACAAAAAAACCCAUAGUGGUGGUCCUGACUAAGUGUGACGAAGGCGUUGAGCGGUACAUUAGAGAUGCACAUACUUUUGCCUUAAGCAAAAAGAACCUCCAGGUCGUGGAGACCUCUGCAAGAUCCAACGUAAACGUGGACUUGGCUUUCAGCACCUUAGUGCAGCUCAUUGAUAAAAAUCGGGGAAAGACGAAGAUCAUUCCUUACUUUGAAGCUCUCAAGCAGCAGAGUCAGCAGAUAGCGACGGCAAAAGACAAAUAUGAGUGGCUGGUGAGUCGCAUUGUGAAAAACCACAAUGAGAACUGGCUAAGUGUCAGCCGAAAGAUGCAGGCCUCUCCUGAGUACCAGGACUAUGUCUACCUGGAAGGGACUCAGAAAGCCAGGAAGCUGUUUCUCCAGCACAUCCACCGCCUCAAGCACGAGCAUAUUGAGCGCAGAAGGAAGCUGUACCUGGCAGCCCUGCCAUUAGCUUUUGAAGCUCUUAUACCCAAUCUAGAUGAAAUAGACCACCUAAGCUGCAUAAAAGCCAAAAAGCUCUUGGAGACCAAGUCAGAAUUCUUGAAGUGGUUUGUUGUGCUUGAGGAGACCCCAUGGGAUGCCACCAGCCACAUUGACAACAUGGAGAAUGAGCGGAUUCCCUUUGACUUAAUGGACACGGGCCCCGCAGAGCAGCUGUAUGAGGCCCACUUAGAGAAACUACGGAACGAGAGGAAAAGAGCUGAGAUGAGAAGGGCAUUUAAAGAAAACCUGGAGACCUCGCCUUUCAUAACUCCUGGGAAACCUUGGGAAGAGGCCCGUAGUUUCAUCAUGAAUGAAGAUUUCUACCAGUGGCUGGAAGAAUCUGUAUACAUGGAUAUCUAUGGGAAACACCAAAAGCAAAUUAUAGACAGAGCAAAGGAAGAGUUUCAGGAGCUGCUUGUAGAAUAUUCAGAAUUGUUCUAUGAGCUAGAGCUGGAUGCAAAGCCCAGCAAGGAGAAGAUGGGGGUCAUUCAGGAUGUUCUGGGGGAGGAACAGCGAUUUAAAGCAUUACAGAAGCUCCAAGCAGAGCGCGAUGCCCUUAUUCUGAAGCACAUUCAUUUUGUGUACCACCCAACAAAAGAAACGUGCCCUAGCUGCCCGGCUUGUGUGGAUGCUAAGAUUGAGCACUUGAUUAGUUCUUGGUUUAUCCGGCCAUCUGACCGGAAUCAGAAAAAUUCACUUUCUGACCCCAACAUUGAUAGAAUCAACUUGGUUAUCUUGGGCAAAGAUGGUCUUGCCCGAGAGUUGGCCAAUGAGAUUCGAGCUCUUUGUACAAAUGAUGACAAGUACGUGAUAGAUGGUAAAAUGUAUGAGCUUUCCCUGAGGCCAAUAGAAGGCAACGUCAGGCUUCCUGUGAACUCUUUCCAAACGCCAACAUUUCAGCCCCACGGAUGUCUCUGCCUUUACAAUUCAAAGGAAUCUCUGUCCUACGUGGUGGAGAGUAUAGAGAAGAGUAGAGAGUCCACACUUGGUAGGCGAGAUAAUCAUUUGGUCCAUCUCCCACUGACACUGAUUUUGGUUAACAAGAGAGGAGACACCAGCGGGGAGACCCUGCAUAGCUUAAUACAACAAGGUCAGCAGAUUGCUAGCAAACUUCAGUGUGUCUUUGUGGACCCUGCUUCUGCUGGCAUUAGUUACGGACGCAACAUUAACGAAAAGCACAUCAGUCAAGUGUUGAAAGGACUCCUGGACUCUAAGCGCAACUUAAACCUGGUCAGUUCUACUGCUAGCAUCAAAGACCUGGCUGAUGUUGACCUGCGAAUUGUCAUGUGUUUGAUGUGUGGAGAUCCUUUUAGUGCAGACGACAUACUCUUGCCUGUCCUUCAGUCCCAAACCUGUAAAUCUUCCCAUUGUGGGAGCAACAACUCUGUUUUACUUGAACUACCAAUCGGACUACACAAGAAGCGCAUUGAACUGUCUAUUCUUUCAUACCAUUCCUCGUUUAGCAUCAGGAAAAGCCGGUUAGUCCAUGGGUACAUUGUUUUUUAUUCAGCCAAACGUAAGGCCUCCCUGGCUAUGCUACGUGCCUUUCUUUGUGAAGUGCAGGACAUUAUCCCCAUCCAGCUGGUCGCACUCACUGAUGGCGCUAUAGAUGUCCUGGACAACGACUUAAGUCGGGAACAGCUGACUGAGGGGGAGGAGAUUGCUCAAGAAAUUGAUGGCAGAUUCACAAGCAUUCCCUGUAGCCAGCCCCAGCAUAAACUUGAGCUCUUCCACCCGUUUUUUAAAGAUGUGGUGGAGAAAAAGAACAUCAUUGAGGCUACUCAUAUGUACGAUAACGCUGCCGAGGCCUGUAGCACCACGGAGGAGGUGUUUAACUCUCCUCGGGCGGGCUCUCCGCUCUGCAACUCAAACCUGCAGGAUUCAGAAGAGGAUAUCGAGCCCCCUUCUUACAGCCUGUUUCGAGAGGACACAUCACUGCCCUCCCUGUCCAAAGAUCAUUCUAAGUUCUCUAUGGAACUGGAGGGAAAUGAUGGGCUGUCUUUGUUCAUGAGCAACUUUGAGAGUAAAACAACUUUGAACAACAAAGUACCUCCGCCAGUCAAACCAAAGCCUCCUGUCCAUUUUGAAAUUACAAAGGGGGAUCUGUCUUACUUAGAACAAGGCCAUAGAGAUGGACAGAGGAAGUCUAUGUCUUGUAGCACCUGGCUACCUCCAGAUGGGUUCGAUCCUUCUGAUUACGCCGAACCCAUGGAUGCUGUGGUCAAGCCAAGGAAUGAAGAAGAAAACAUAUACUCAGUGCCCCAUGACAGCACUCAAGGCAAGAUCAUCACCAUUCGGAAUAUCAACAAAGCCCAAUCUAAUGGCAGUGGGAAUGGUUCUGAUAGUGAAAUGGACACUAGCUCUCUAGAGCGAGGCCGCAAAGUUUCCAUUGUGAGCAAGCCAGUGCUAUACAGGACAAGAUGCAGCCGCCUAGGGAGGUUUGCUAGUUAUCGAACCAGCUUCAGCGUGGGGAGCGAUGAUGAGCUGGGACCCAUCCGGAAGAAAGAGGAGGACCAGGCAUCCCAAGGUUAUAAAGGGGACAAUGCUGUCAUUCCAUAUGAAACAGAUGAAGAUCCAAGGAGGAGAAAUAUUCUUCGCAGUCUAAGAAGGAACACUAAGAAACCAAAGCCUAAACCCCGGCCAUCCAUCACAAAGGCAACCUGGGAGAGUAACUAUUUUGGGGUCCCCUUAACAACCGUCGUGACUCCCGAGAAGCCAAUUCCUGUUUUUAUUGAGAGAUGCAUUGAGUACAUUGAAGCCACAGGACUGAGCACUGAAGGCAUCUACCGGGUCAGCGGGAACAAGUCAGAGAUGGAGAGUCUGCAGAGACAGUUUGAUCAAGACCACAACCUGGACUUGGCAGAGAAAGACUUCACAGUGAAUACCGUGGCUGGUGCCAUGAAGAGCUUUUUCUCAGAGCUGCCUGACCCUCUGGUCCCCUACAACAUGCAGAUUGAUCUGGUGGAGGCGCACAAAAUCAACGACCGAGAGCAAAAGCUGCAUGCCCUCAAGGAAGUCCUCAAGAAGUUUCCAAAGGAAAACCACGAAGUCUUCAAAUACGUCAUCUCCCACCUAAACAAAGUCAGCCACAACAACAAGGUGAAUCUCAUGACCAGUGAGAACCUCUCCAUCUGCUUCUGGCCCACCUUGAUGAGGCCCGACUUCAGCACCAUGGACGCGCUCACGGCCACGCGGACCUAUCAGACAAUCAUCGAGCUCUUCAUCCAGCAGUGCCCUUUCUUCUUCUACAAUCGGCCCAUCAGCGAGCCUCCCGGCGCCACGCCCAGCUCCCCCUCUGCCGUGGCUUCCACCGUGCCCUUUCUCACCUCCACACCCAUCACCAGCCAGCCAUCGCCCCCCCAGUCGCCUCCACCCACCCCCCAGUCCCCGAUGCAGCCACUGCUCCCCUCCCAGCUUCAAGCUGAGCACACGCUGUGAGUCACCAAGUUCUGGGGCAAAAGGAAACCGUCUUCUCUCUUCGGUAAGGUGGGCUUUGGCCUGUACACAACCAGGCCCGCUGGGCAGGGGCGGGGAGGGUGUCCCCUCUUCCCUGUCACCUUCUCAAAACCUCAGCGGUAGCACCAGCCAACAGUCCACCAUAGGCUGGGCUGUCAGAUGCCCCAAGCCCAGCUCUCAGGCCUGGGGCUGGCUACAGCAGAGGCCCGGUGGGCCCUACCCUCUGUCAUGGACCCCUUGGAGGACUGAACUUGUCAGGCAGCAGCCCCAGCGGCCCUCAUCCGUUCACUGCUCCCUGACCCGCCUGCCCGCACACACUGGCCUCGGUGCAUCGCCCACUGCUUGGACAGCCCUGGCCUUGGACAGCGGAAGGAGGAGGUUCCGAGAUGCGGGCCACCCCAAGGCAGGGCUAGCAACCCCAGGGAACACUUCCCGUCUGUCCCUUCCCACCUUCUCUACGCCUGUCUAGCGUCCUCCUUGGGAACGUGUGGGACGGGGCUCUGCCACCCCGAGGUGCAGUGCUGAGGGAGCUUUGUGGCUGGAUCAAGGGAGCACAGCUUUCCCCUCCAGCCCCACGCCCUCCCCUCACGGGCUUUGGGAUACAUUCCCUUUGCAGCCAAGGAACACUGGAAGGAAAAUGGGAAAAUCCAAUAAUUUUUAAAAAGAAAAAGGAAGACACUACCAGAAGAAAACUGCAGACCUCAAGAUUCAGCUCUUCUCCCACCCCUCGGAGAGGCAGACAGGUGGAAGGUGGCCCUUCUCUGUGACAGCAAAGCCAGGAGGCCCGGGGCCAAUUGCCUGAGAGCCUGUUGGGGUCUCACUGUCACCAGGUCCCCCUUUCCCCAAAAGAUGGUUUGAGCCCUUAGUGGGCAGCGCGGGGAGACCAGCGGACCAGCCUGGAAUUGGUCUGCCUUUGGACACACUACAGUCCUAUGGACACACUACAGUCCUAUGGAAACACUACUUUGUGUGUGCGUGUGCGUGUGCGUGUGCGUGGGGGGAGUGGUACGCCUGUGAGGGGGGGACAGCUGAGGGUGCAGGGGUGCACCUGGGGGUUGGUUUAGUGUGUUUAGAGUCAUUUUCGUCCUGGGCCAUAGAAUGCCGCCAGCAGCGCUGCUUGUGGGGAGUGGGCAGGGUAUGGUGAUUUGCCGCCCACACUCAUCCUUCAUGCUCCCAGGCCAGCAGGCCGAGGAGCCACAGGCACAAAAGCCAUCAGUCACCAGAGCACCGUGCCUGCCUGUCACACCACCGCCACCCCUCCCGCGGCCUUCCCCUCAGCUUCCUGGCCCCUGGGAGAACCCUUCUCACACCCACCUCUGCCCCACAACACGCAGUCUGCUAAGGCUGCCACCGAUAUGGCUGCCCCCACUCUGCAGUGGAGAAGCCUGACACUAAGGUACCCGAGUGUGCGGUAGAGGCCCCGCCCCGCAUGCCACCCAGUCCUCCGGGUCUCUUUGCACUUUAAGCAGCACCUGUGGUCGAUUCGAGGAUGCCCUGGGUCACCUCAGCUGGGGGGCCUGACAAAGGGGUGCCUCGGAACAGUGUUCAGCCACCCAGCCCCAAGCGCUCCCUGUUGGCAGCGGAGGGCGGCCGGCCGUGGCUCCCUGACUUCCUCUGGAUACGCUGGACGCUUCUGCUUUAGUUCUUGUGCGGCUGACUAGGUGCUGGGGAUGGCUGGCUGCCCCUGCGAGUUUACCCCUCCAGGAACACAAGUCAAAAAGCAAACCCCAGGUACCUGCCUGCUCUGUGUAAGUGGUGGAGGGCGGUGUGACCUGGUUGGGGGUGCGGUGCCCGUGCUUCAGGUCGGGUGGGCAGGAAGACGAUGGCAGUGUCUGGUUUUCACCCGGGUCGGCAGGCCAGGCCCCGGGCAAGUGGGAAUCCUCCAUGGAGUUAACGUCUCCCUUUUCCUAGGGCAUCUCGCCUGCUCCCAGUCAGCCCUUCAAGGUAUUGGAUGCAGUUAAAGGGAAACCCUGAGGGUGGCCUGGAGCCACUGUGCCCUGUGUGAACUAACAGAAGGAUCCGGGUUCCCUCCCAUUGCCACACGGCCACCUCCCCUGCUGACACACUCCCCACACCACCACCUGCAGCCUUGGCUCUGCACCAGGACUCACCAGCCCCCACACCUGCCUUCCCACGCCACCCCAUUCCUGAGACCUCAGAAGGAGGAGCAACUGCUUCAUGCCCUCACCCUGUCGGGGGAGCCUCUGGCCCUGCAGCGCCCCCUGGCAGCCGCUGGAGCAGCUGCAGGGCUCUGAAGGUGUGCAGGCGGCUGGUGCCCCACUGAGCCACCGUGGGCAGGAGACUCCAUGGGUUUCCUUUGUUUCUAUUUGCUCUGCUAGCCCUGUAGCUCCUCUUGUCUGCUUCUCCAGGCUGACUUGGGCUCGAGGACAUUUCUUGGUGGUUCUAACUUCCAGUCGGAGGUCUGCCUUCACACCAAAUGGGCACCCUGGGGGGGGGGGGUGCCAGCGGGGAGAGCUGGGGUGCAUGUUGGGAACUGCCUUGAAUGGAUUGCAACCCACAGCUCUCGGAGUUGGAGCGGCAGGCAGGAAUUGGCCGAAAGGGGUCGGCCAGGGACAUCUUGCUCCAUGUCCCCCAGCAGGGUAGCCAUGUGCCCAGCAGCUCUCCCCCCAGCCAGUCCACAAGAGUGUAGGUGCCAUUCAGGGAGUGGACAGCCACUGGUCUGCGGCAGCAGUGCUGCCGGAGGGAGGGAGGGAGAGGUGGUCCACGGUUAGGAGUGUGGCUGUGGGUCUGCCUGAGUUGUUGGCUGUGCUGCACAUCAGGGAUCAGCAUCUGUCCAGCCAGCAUGCCCAUCACUUGGCGUUGUGAGGAGGGAUGCUGAGAGAGGUCCCCGGUACUGUUUCUGUGUGCUCUGCACCCCACCGCCACCUUGCUCUCCCUGCUUAAGACAGGAAGCAUGCUUCUGGGAGAGUCUAGCAGAACGUGUGUGCCAGGUGGGCAGCAGGUGGUGUCCUAGCAGCAUGCUGGCCGGGGUCCCAGGAGAACACACCUUUCCCUGUCCCUGUCCCUCCGCUCCGGAGGGGAUGGGAGGCUGGAGGGAGACCUUCCCCUAGGUCACAGGGGUUCCAGCCUCAGCCCUGAAACUUGAAUACAACCUGCAGCAUUUGUAACCUGAAGUCCUUUCCAUUGCACCCUGCCCACCCUCUCCUGUGAGAACACACUGCUGGGGGGGGGGGGGGAAGGGGGGGAAUCCGAGGGAGAGCGUGGGCAGUGGGUGCGGUGAGCAUGGCCCAGAGCCAAGGCUUUGACUUGUCCCCGGGCGGUCACAGCGCUGCGCAGACAGUUGCCCUCCUGUUGCUUGGCAGGUUCAAGCCGCUUAUUGCCUCUUAGGUGAGAGGACAGCCUGAGCCCCGUGUGCCAGAAACCUGUCACAUCUGGGGGUGGCGCCAGGGCGGGGCUGGUGUGAGGGCGAAGGCCACUCGGCUCUUCCCUCCGGGGCCACCUUUCAGCCGGCGCCUGCCAGCUCCCCGAGGCCAGCGGCGGCCGCCCCCGCUCGCCCAGCAGCCGCCCCCUGGCCGGCGCUCAGACAGCCGUGAUGUUACACUGUCGAUGUAGUGGAGCCGGCAUAAGUUAUUGUUUGCAUAAGAAGAAUCAUGUUCCCUGUGUACAUUCACAAAAAGGAAAUGUCUGGAUUUUAUGGGAAUAAACCUUGUUUGAAAAUUUGGAACAGUGCUGCUGCCAGCUUAUUUUUCUGGUACUUGUAUUUUCACAUGUUAAAUGAUCUUUAUAUAUGUUGAAUUAACAAAUAUUUUGAGUUUCCUGAGAAAAACAAAAACAUUAAUGGUAUUGAAAUGUGUUAGUAGUCUGGCCGUGUGCCCAAAAUUCUGUUUUGCAGCAAAGUGGAGAACUGUAUGUAAAGAAAGUAUAACAGUUAUUUCUUUGUACUUUAGGGGCUUUAACCAAGACAUCCUCUAGCUGGUGUUAGGAAUGUUUGCUUAAUUCCCAGACUUUUUUUGAACACGUGGGUAUGUUGAGGCUCCGGCCCGACUAGUGCAUGGUCAGCCGCCACCCAAGGCUGAGGCAUCUCGGACUGAGGUGUUUUUGUUUGGUUUUGUUUUUUAAAAUCAUGUAUUUGCUACAAAGUAUUGUACUUGUCUCAAUGGGAAUGGUGUAAAAAACUGAAAAGGCCUUAUGUGAUAUGUAUCAUAGUUAAUAAAUCAGUCUUGUAAAAA